AUGUCGUCUUUCAGUGAACUCCGAGGAAUUCCGCUUCCCAAUCCAGAGGCGUCCCUCAAUGAUGUCCUGGCUCACAAUAUCAGGACACAUCCAGACGUUCUAGCUCUUGUGAGCACCCAGCAGCCUUCCUCGCUGUACGGAAUUUCCGAUUCGCCCGCCACUGAUGCAGCUUCGGAAUCUGGCUGUUUGCGAUGGACAUAUCAAGACCUUGAUGUCGCCAUUAAUCGUUUCGUGGCCGGUCUGCGAGACCAAGGGCUUGAUAGAGGAGAUCCCUUGAUCUGCUUCAUGCCCAAUACCGCCGAGUACGUGAUAGCCACAUGGGCCGCGUAUCGAAUCGGUUGCGCCUACGUACCCAUCAAUCCUAGAACCUUGUCGAACGCUGGAGAAAUUAGACACAUCCUUCACCUCGUGAGAAAGGAGUGCCCUUCUGAUAAUAUUGGCGUGAUUGCCGGAUCAUCUGACUUGUGUGCGCGAAUCGAAGAGUUUACUUCUGAUCUCGAAUGCAAGAGGAUACUGGUCGAAGGGGAAAGGGAUGGAUGGAUCCCAUUCAAAAACCUCGUCAUGAGAUCUGCCAAUGGCGUGAAGAGCCUCUGCAGAGAACAUCACGAACAAGUCUCGGAUAAAACACUUUUUUUCACCAGUGGAACUACCUCUCUCCCUAAGGGAUGUGUGAUGCCCUCGGCGUACGGCUUUUCGGCCGCUCUACGGUGGCGUCAAAGUCAUGCUUCCAUGUUGCCGGGGGACCGAGUACUAUUCACUCUUCCCAAUAAUCACGGAUUUGGCUGGGUCUGUAUCAUGUCGGCAUUCCUCAAUGCUGCCACGGUGGUACUUCCAGGACCCAAAUUCGUUCCAGAAACUGUGGUUAAGACCAUUUGGGAAGAGCAAGUCAGCCAUGCUGGUUUAGUCCCAACCAUGCUGUAUGCCCUCAGUAAUGUGCCACUCGAGUCUCGGAAGCUGAGCUGCUUGAAGCGCAUCGUAAUGGGUGGGUCAACUCCCACUGAGGAAGUCAUCAAGAUCUGCCUGGAAACCCUUGGCGCCACCGGAGUUGAAAACCUCUACGGCAUGACCGAGGGCCUUCUAGUGUCUUCUGACGUGGUGCAGUCUGCCGAAGAGCUGAUUCACGGUCGAGACGUUGCUGUUGGCACGCCGCUCCCUGGGAUGGUGGUCCGUCUCUUCGCCAAAGACUCCACUGCACCCGUCCAGAUUGGAGAGGCCGGGGAGCUGCAUUUCUCGGGCCCCAGUCUAAUCGAUGGAUACGUCGGUGGAGAGGAAAGUGGAAGCUCAUCCAAGAAUCUCAACAGUGACUUCUACAAAGAUGAAGAUGGCCGACCUUGGUUUCGCAGUGGCGACAAAGUCUUUCUCGGCAAUGACAAUCGUCUGUAUCUCAUUGGGAGAUACAAGGACACGAUUAUUCGUGGGGGUGAAAACAUUGAACCCUCUGCGAUUGAAGCCGUACUCGGCGCACUACCUGAUAUCAAACAUCUUCAACCACAGGUGGUUCGCGCACCAGACCGCAUCGCUGGCGAGAUCCCCGUUGUUGUGGUGAAUCAGCAAGUCAACGCGGAGACCGUCGAGAGCGUGAAAGAAGCGAUUUUGACAUCGAUGGGCGAUCUCUACGUUCCAGCGGAUGUGAUUUCCAUACAACAACUUGGUCACGACGAGUAUCCAAAAACAGCAGCUGGAAAAGUGCAGAAAUCGAAGAUUGAAGUCUUGAUCAAAGAGUACUGUGAGAAGCAAAAUGCGCAAGAGGAUCUGAGGGUGAACGGUAGCGUUUCGGGGCCACAGGUCUCCCAAGCGCUCUGCAUGGCCAUUGAGAAGGAGAAAGGUAUUCAAGUCGACUUAUCAAGUCGAAUGAUUGAGAUGGGUGUCGACUCCAUUCGAUCGAUUGCAAUUCUGAAACGGGUCCAGAACUCCACCGGGGUAUCCUUGCCGUCCUCAGUGUUUUUCACACAAGCGACGCUUGGUGCGAUCUGCCAGCAGAUCAGUUCGACCGAUCUCGCCGACUUUGCAAACUUCACGCCGAUCAUGGAGGAUGCUCCCAGUGAUCGUUGUUUCUCUGUGCUAUUACAGGGCACUCCCAAAGCAGGUGUCCCCUCUCUCUUUCUCACGCCCCCCGGUUCGGGCAAUGCCUACGUGUAUCGGACAAUUCCCAAAUUCGCCGAUGACCGUGCCGUCUACAGCUUCGGAUCCCCAUUCCUGAUGACAAAGUUGGAGUCGUCUUGGACCAUAGAAGAAACUGCGACAAUUUAUGCCAACACUAUCGAAGGCCUCGAUCCGGAGGGCCCUUACAUUCUGUGCGGCUGGUCAAUGGGAACGGCCACAGCCUAUGAGACUGCAUACCAACUCCAUGAACGAGGCAAAAGGGUGCUGGGGAUCAUUAUGCUAGAUCUUGCCCUACCUCGACCACUUGAAACGAUUCCCGAGGCAUCUGUGGAGCUGUUUCAAAUGAUGGGAGUGUUUCCUCCUAUUCGUCGCGCUGGUAAACCCGACGUGGAGAUUCCGAUGUUUCGCAAAAAGCAUCGUGUAGCGGCGUACUAUGCGAAGAUGAAAUACAAACCUCGUGCUUUUGAUACUUUGAGCAAAGAAGGCCGACCGCGGAUAUUCGUCAUAUGGGCCGGACACGGUGACCAUGAUCGGAUGGCAGCCUCGGUUCGAGAAGCAACCGAGCUCCUGGAAAAAGAAGGACCGGGAAAGCAGCUGGCAAUUAGCACCGACUGGCUCUCUGAUCCACGAGAGUCAUUUGAUGCUGGAGGCUGGGACGAGAUGGUGGGUCCUGAAAAUGUUGAAUGGGGGGUGGUUGAAGAUGCAGACCAUGACACUCUGAUUGAGUCCGAGGAGCUUGUUGUGUUUACAAAGGAUCUCAUGGAGAAGGCGAUUCAGAGAUGGGUACAGGAAGCAAAGCCCAAAUGCAUUCAUUGUGGAUAA